AUGACAACUAACAUUGUUUGGACACUCAUUAUAACCGUGCUUUGGAACCAUGAGGCAUCGAGUUCUUAUAUUUUUGCUUCUACCUAUAUAAAGAGUGGUGUUGUAUGGAACGAUACUGACGGUCAAUCAAUUCAGGCACAUGCGACUGGUAUUCUCAUUGAUCCUCACGAUAAUUCUUAUUGGUGGUAUGGUGAAUCUUUAAAAACAGCGAAUCUAUCUGAUCAUGGGAUUAAUUGCUACCAUUCGACCGAUCUUCUCACCUGGACAAACAUUGGUCAAGUACUAGGACAAAAGCAAGUCUUCAUCGAGAGUCAUACAGGACCGUACGUCAUCGAACGACCGAAAGUUCUCUGGAAUUCCAUUACCGAACGUUUCGUCAUGUGGUUUCACUUAGAUAGUAGUAGCUAUACUUAUCGAUAUGUUGGUGUCGCAACGUCGUCCAUUCCUAACGGUGUAUUCACAUUCAUACGUGCAUUUCAACCAGAUGGCAUUCCAUCAUUAGACAUGAAUCUCUACGAAGACAAGCGCAACGAUUCAGUCAACGGUGCAUACUUAGUUCGUUCGUGCAACAAUGAGUAUGUUGGUAUUAGUCGACUUACUGAUGACUAUCUUAAUACAACUGGUAUAACCAGUACUAUUGAUGAGCCACGAGAGGGACACGCAAUAUUUCAUCGAAACAAUAAUUAUUAUAUGAUGACAAGUCAUCUUACUGGUUGGAUGCCGAAUCCAGCUGAACUUUUCAUCAGCAAUGCAGACAGCUUACAAGAUGCCAAAUGGAUUUCAUUGGGCAAUCCAACGCACUCCGUUACAAGUUACAAUAGUCAGUCGACUUUCGUUCUUCCAUUUCCAUCCACUAAACAACCUGGAACCGUAUUCUAUAUUUAUAUGGGUGAUCGUUGGGAUUAUCCUACCUUAUUAAACGCUAGCUAUGUGUGGCUUCCAUAUACAUUCUAUUCAGACACCAAUGUCACGCUAGAAUGGCAAGAUCAAUGGAGACUAUCAGACUAUUAA